AUGGGGCUGGCCAGCGCCCCUGCCAACCCCACCAGAGCAGCCCCGUCGGGCGGCCCCUCGCCGCCACAAAAGCGGCGCGCCGUGGUGGUCGGCGGCGGCUGGGGCGGCUUUGGCGCCGCGCUGGCGCUGGCCAAGGCGGGGGCGGAGGUGACGCUGCUGGAUGCGGCCGCCAACCCGGGGGGCCUGUCCAGCGCAUUCGUCACGCCAGGCGGCCGCGUCGUGGAGCCGGGUGUGAAGGGCUUCUGGCGGUGCUACUCAAACAUACAGGACCUGCUGGGGCGGGAGCUGAAGGGGAAGCUUCCCGCGGACCCGCUGACGCCGUUUACGCGGUCGGGAUUCUACACGCCAGACGGCUUGGAGGUGGAGUCCCCCGUGUUUGCCGACCUGCCGCGCCUGCCGGCCCCCCUGGGCACGCUGUUCCACACCGCCACCCUCUUCCGCCGCCUGCCGGCGGCAGACCGACUGAGCGCGCUGGGGCUGGUGCAGCCGCUGCUGGAGCACGAUGCUGACGAGGACACUUACGCCAGGUAUGACGCCAUGUCAGCAUACACGCUCUUCAAGGAGGCCGGCGUCAGCGCCCGCCUCUACAGGGCGUUCCUCGAGCCGAUGCUGCUGGUCACGCUCUUUGCGCCGCCAACAGAGCUCUCCGCCGCCGCUGCGCUGGGCACGCUGUACUAUUUUGCCCUGGCGCACCAGGCGAACUGGGAUGUUCAAUGGUGCAGGGGCCCAGUGGGGCAGCUGAUCAUGGCGCCGUUUGCGGACCACCUGAGGAGCCUGGGUGUCGAGAUCCUGGGGGGCCGGCGAGUCCAGCAGGUCCUGCCCGCACCGGGCUCGCCCCUGCCCGGGGCAGUGGUCGCCUCUGGGCCCAGCGGCGCGGAGACCUUCCCGGCAGACGCAGUGGUCCUCGCCGCCGGCGUCACCGCCACGCAGCGCAUCGUGGCGGGCUCGCCGGUGCUGGCGGCGGCGGAAGACCUGCGGGCGGCGGGGGCGGUGCGCUGCAGCGACGUGCUGGCGGCGCGGGUGUGGCUGGACAGGAAGCUGCCGCUGCAGUUCAGCUCUAACGUGCUGUCCGGCUUUGACGCGGGCUCUGGAGCCACCCUGUUCAACCUGAGCGCGCUGCAGGAUGAGUAUUCAUCCGAUCCUGGGUCAGUCCUGGAGUUUGACAUCUAUCACGCAGACACCCUGCUGCCCAUGACGGACGAUGACGUCAUCCAGCGGCUCCUCACCAGCUACCUCCCAGCCGCCCUGCAGCCGCCGCACGGCGUCGCGGGCGUCGCCCCGGCCGGCGUCGUGGAUGCGAGCGUGCUGCGCUUCAAGAACGCGACGACCGUCUUUUCUCCCGGGUCGGGGACUGCGCUGCCGCCGAUAUGCAGCAGCAUUGCCAACGUGUUCACGGCGGGGGACUGCAUGCAGCAGGGGCCCGGAACGCAUGGCGCCAAGGGGCUGAGCCAGGAGAAGGCGUACGUGUCGGGGCUGCAGGCUGGCAACGCAGCGGCUCGGCUGCUGGGCCUGACCCCCCGGGCCCGCGUGCUGCCCGCAGAACCGGACGAGCCCCACGUUGCGGCCGCCAAGUCCGCCGCACAGGCGACAGCGGCCGCGCGCGCGGCGCUGCGCGGGCAGCUGCGGCGCAAGGAUGCCACCUCACUCGAUGGCGGCAAAAGCUGGCUUCAGGAGCCGGGCUCUCCAACCCGCGGCUUCCAUGCCAAGUUUGAGGUGCUCCUGAAAAGCGGCAGCAGACAAGAUGCGUUUGGGCGCGACGCUGCUGCCUACGAGGCAGACUGCGAGGCCCACGUCACCGCGCACCCAGGCUUCCUCGAAGCGCUGCGCCGCGCACUGCCGGACCUCUUUGCCGCCGCCGACGCCGCCGCCCCGCCGGCCCUCCGCGCCGGCGCCGGUGGCACCGCGUCGGCGGCACUGAGCCCGGCCGUUUCCCAGGCCGUUGCCGCCGCCGCCGCCGCCGCUGCGUCGGAGUCCCCGCUGACCUUGUGGACGGCGACGCACGUCGUUUUCGGCGGCUGCUUCUACCCGCUGCUGCGCGACGCCAACAACAAGCCGAUGAUCCUCGCCCCCAACCACACGAGCGCGGACGCCCUGCAGGGCGUCGGCAUGCGGCUGCUGCGCCUGACGCCCUGCGGCAGCGGCGACGAGAGGAUCCGGCAGCUGAGGGCGCUGGGCUCGCUCGUGGGGGAUGCGCAGGUGCUGCACCCGCGCAAGAUGCUGUUCGACAAAACACCUGUCCUCAAGGGCGGCGCGCGCCUGCACGCAGUGCUGCCUAAUGGCGACCUGGGCCCUGUCAUGAUCGACGACGGCUAUAGCCGGUAUCUCGAGGAUUACUGGCUCGCGGCGCCGCGCAUGACAGUGGCCGGGCGCGUCGUCACCUGCGAGGCCUGCCCGGAGCCUGUGCGCGACGUUGUGGGCAAGCUGCCCUAUGGCGCUUUCCAUGCAGUCUACUUGGCUUGA